AUGGGUGCCCUGAGGUGGCUUUUCUGGGCUGGGCUGGGCUACCUGAGCUACUGCUGUCCCCCCCGGGCACAGGCACAGUUUCCCCGUGCCUGCAUGACGGUGGAUGCCCUUCGCUCGAAGCGCUGCUGCCCGGCUUUGGGGACAGAGCCAGGCAACAUCUGUGGGUCCCUGCAGGGCAGGGGACUGUGUCAGGAGGUGCAGGUGGACACUCGGCCCUGGAGCGGGCCCUACACCCUUCGAAAUGUGGAUGACCGGGAACGGUGGCCUCUCAAGUUCUUCAACCAGAGCUGUCGGUGCACAGGAAUCUUUGCUGGCUAUAACUGUGGUGACUGCAAAUUUGGCUGGACCGGCCCCGAAUGCAACGUGAGGAAGCCAGCAGUUGUCAGGAAGGAUGUCCACUCCCUGACAGCAGAGGAGAGAGAGCAGUUCUUCGAUGCUCUAGACCGUGCAAAGACAACCAUUCACCCAGACUAUGUAAUUGCAACUCAGCACUGGCUAAGUCUGCUUGGUCCCACCGGAGAGGAACCGCAAAUUGCCAACUGUAGUAUUUAUAACUACUUUGUUUGGCUUCAUUACUACUCGGUCAGAGACACGCUAUUAGGACCUGGCCGCCCCUUCACCGGUAUCGAUUUCUCCCAUCAAGGACCUGCCUUUGUUACUUGGCAUAGGUACCAUUUGCUGUUGCUGGAGAGAGACCUGCAGCGAUUGAUGGGCAAUGACUCCUUCGCGCUGCCCUACUGGAACUUCGCCACGGGUAGAAACGAGUGCGAUGUCUGCACGGACCAGCUCUUUGGAGCAUCACAGCUGGACGACCCCGGGCUGAUCAGCCUGAGCUCCAGGUUUUCCCGGUGGCAGAUAGUUUGUAACAGUAGUGACAGCUCCAGCCGCCUGGUCACCCUGUGCAACGUGAGUGAUGAAGGGCCGCUGCGGCGGAGGCUGCCCGGGGGCUCCAGCGAGCAGCUUCCCACCACAGAGGAUGUCAGGAGGUGCCUUUCCCUGCCAGAGUUCGACAGCCCCCCUUUUUUCCGCAAUUCCAGUUUCAGUUUCAGCGUGAGUGGCAGUGGCUGUGGCUCAAAGGCACCUGUCACACCAGAGGUUCUUCACUCCUUUACUGAUGCCAUCUUUGACGAGUGGAUGAAGCGGUUCAACCCCCCUCACAAUGCCUGGCCUGAGGAGCUGGCUCCCAUCGGUCACAACAGACGGUAUAACAUGGUCCCUUUUUUCCCUCCUGUGACCAAUGAUGAACUCUUCCAAACCGUGGAGCAGCUUGGCUACACCUACGCCAUUGACCUGCCAGGUUCCCUUGAAGAAACCCGAGUGUGGGCUGUCGUGGUUGGAUCCACAAUUGGAGGAGCACUUAUAGCUCUGGUCAUGCUCGUUCUGCUGCUUGUACUUUUCCAGCACCGAAGGCAGAGAAGAGGUUUUGAACCACUGAUGAAUGUGAGCUUCAGCCCCAAAAAGUACAUGGAAGAGGCCUAG